AUGACAGAAGUUCCAGAUGACAAAGAAAGAGAGUGCAAAGCCAUGGAAAAGGCUGAGAAAAAGCAAACAAAAGAGCCAUGGUUGUUAUAUACCGAUGGAGCAUCUAACGAAGACGGAGCAGGCGCAGGGCUAAGGCUGGUAAGCCCCGAUAAACACGAGUUCACGUACGCCAUACGCCUGGAUUUUAAAAGCACAAACAACGAAGCAGAGUACGAAGCUUUCCUGGCUGGCUUACGAUUGCCAAUCAAAAUGGGGGUCCGACACAUCGAAGCGCAUGUGGACUCCAUGCUGGUAGCAGGGCAAAUAAACGGCCAAUACGAAGCCAAGGGGGAUGUCAUGGCACUCUACCUCAGCCAAGCAAAAACUUUGCUACAAACCUUCUACUCUUACAAAGUGCACCACAUAAACAGAAGCGAGAACAAGCCGGCAGACGCGUUGAGUAAGCUCGCAUCAACAAGUUUCCAGCACCUAGCAAAGGAUGUGCGCAUAGAGGUUUUGAGCAACCCAUCCGUUCCACUCAGAGAAGUAAGUGUCAUCCAGACAGGAACAACGUCCUGGAUGACACCGAUAAUCAUGUACUUGCAGUCAGGGAUACUUCCCGAAAACAAGGCCGAGGCGCAAAAGAUCCAAUACAAAUCAGAACACUAUCAGAUGGCAGAUGGGAUACUGUACCGAAAGUCGUUACUCGGCCCGCUGCUGAGAUGUGUUGACGCCGACGACGCAAAUUACCUAAUCCGGGAAGUGCAUGAAGGAAUUUGUGGUAUUCAUGCCGGGCCUCGAAUGGUGGUGGCAAAAGUGAUGAAUGCCGGAUACUACUGGCCCGGGAUGCAUCUCGAUGCCGUGAAAGAAUUGAGGAAGUGCAGUGGCUGUCAGAGACAUGCGCCCAAGACCAUGCGCCCCAAAAAUGAACUAGUACCAGUCACAACCGCAUGGCCUUUUCAACAAUGGGGCAUAGACAUGGUAGGUCCUUUCCCGGAAGCACCAGGGGCGGUCAAAAUCAUCACCGAUAACGGAACUAACUUCGCAGCAGACGACCUCGAACGAUGGUUCAAAGAGCUACAUAUCGAGCAUACCUUCUCUUCGGUUGCACACCCGCAAGGGAACGGUCAAGUAGAGGCAGUCAACAAAAGUAUCGUUGAUGGGAUCAAGGCAAGGGACAAUGAAGCUUCCAACGUAGAAAAGCCCGGAAAACUGGCUCCCAAAUGGGAAGGCCCAUACGUAAUCGAUGCAGUACUCGGCAAUGGAGCUUACAAACUGCGCACCAUCAACGACAAAGAGGUUCCACGAACCUGGAACGCUCAACAACUCCGAAAGUGCUACAUGUAA